AUGACAUUUCGCAACAUCAUUUGUACGCUUCUGGCGGUAGCCUCACUUGGCGAGGCAGUGCUAUUCAAGCCUCAAAAUGAAUAUCAAGCUCUGUCGGGUGCGAAUGCCUCGUUCCCGGUGGAUUUGAAGCCAUUUUACAACAACCGUGCUUUCGGACUUUACCCCAACGACUCUAGCUAUGACGGCCAGGGAAAUGCCUAUCCGGCGAGCCAAAUGCCUCCGGAGAAGUUCUCCUAUGGAGGAUUCAACUAUCGAUUUGCUACAUACAAUGCCUCUGGGAAUGACAAUGUCCGGACGGAGGGCCAAGAGGUCCACGUUCCGCCUGGCAGGUACUUCAGCUACCAAAUGCUGGCAUCCGCAGAGACUGGAAUGGCCAGCGGUUCCAUAAUAGCCAAAUAUGCAGACGGCAGCACGACUUCGGGACCGCUCCUGGUGCCUGCCUGGUGGAGCUGGCCAUAUCCCGCUGGCGGCGACCUGAUCUUCACGAAUUAUCUGACUGAUAGCGCGACCAACUACAACCGGUCAAAUAUCUUUCAGACCAUCAACUGGCUGGACUCUUCAAAGGACCUUGUGUCUUUGACUUUGCCCAACUCCACGACAGGGUCGUCUACCUCGCCUGGUGGAGCGUCGAUCAGCACUGUGCUGCAUGUUUUUUCUCUGUCAAUGUUGCCAGUUCCCAAAAAGGUGCAGCAUUCUGCUAGCUUAGAGAUACAGUAUGCUCGGUCCACUCAGAAAUGGAUGGAGGGGACGACAGACAAGACUCAAAUCGUUGAAGUCCUUGUCAACAAUGUCGGCACGUCCUUCAUCCUGCGCAACAAUACUGUUCGGGUUCAUGUUCAGUCACCACAUUUGGAGACUGUGUCAGAGGGUGUCAUCAAGAGACUGGGUCCUGGUGACCAGGCCGUCGUGGAGGUUGGUGUUCGAAACCGACCCGGAGUCCAAGCCGGCAGCGCUGGUCCAGCAACCGUUGUCAUUGGUGGCCAUCGGGUUGCGUCUAGCCCGUAUACUUUCGAAGCGACCUAUGGCAUCAAGCCUUACGAGGCAACGUAUGAGUCCGUGUACAGCCACGAAGCACCCAACUGGUACAACAAUGCCAAGUUCGGCAUUUUCAUCCACUGGGGGUGUACUCCGUGCCUGGAUGGGGCAACAAGGGAUCGAAGGAGAACUAUGCCGAAUGGUCAGAUACUCUCUUACGGUCAAUUGUCUCUCACUAAUGGUCGAGACAGGUACUGGUGGUAUCUCAACCAGGGACCCAGCAGUCCAACUUAUCAGUACCACCUUGAGACUUAUGGACCGAAUGUGGUUUACGAUGACUUCAUCCAGAACUUUACAGCAGACGCAUGGGAUCCUAAGGAGUGGGUUGACUUGUUCGCCGACGCUGGGGCCAACUAUUUUGUUCAAGUCAGCAAGCAUCAUGACGGUUUUGCACUGUUCACUGCGGGCUCCGACGUAUCGAAGAGAACAGCGGUGGAUCUAGGUCCGCAGCGAAAUCUACUCCAGGAACUUUUCGACGCGGCAAAGGAGCACCAGCCGCAUCUACAUCGCGCGACGUAUUAUUCUCUGCCCGAGUGGUUCGACCCAGACUAUAAGAAAUACGGGUUCGCCUCGUGGCCCGGAGGUAUUGAUUGCCCUCCCUUUACGGAACUCGGCGAUGAGAAUUGCAAAUUGACAGCAGCCUUAGGCAAUGCCACGGAUCCUUUCAACAAUAAGACCCUUCCGUACGCUGGGUAUGUCCCCUUAGCCGAUUACAUCACGGACAAGAUUGUUCCGGAGAUGAACACACUGGCCGACAUGGGCACGGAGAUUAUGUGGUGCGACAUUGGAGGCCCAAACCGGACAACGGAAUUCGCAUCAGCGUGGUUUAAUCGUGCGGCGCAGGAGAAUCGACAGGUCGUUAUGAACGCUCGCUGUGGACUUCCCGGCGACUUCGACACGCCCGAGUAUGCAAGAUACAAUGGUGUUCAAGUGCGUAAAUGGGAGAGCAACCUGGGAAUGGACCCAUACAGCUAUGGCUACAACCGAGACACGCCGCUUGCCAGCUAUAUGAACGCAAGCACCAUCGUCACGUCGCUGAUCGACAUUGUCAGCAAGAACGGCAACUUUCUGCUUGAUGUUGGGCCCAUGGCAAAUGGAACUAUCCUCGAUGUCGAGCAGCAGCACUUGCGCCAGGCGGGUAAGUGGAUCAAAAGCCAUGGAGAGGCAAUCUACAAUACCACUUACUGGUUUGUCACUCCCGAGGAAGGAGAUAAUAUCCGCUUUACUAUCUCCCAAGAUGCAUUUUACAUCCACACGCUGGCUAAGCCUAAUGGCACGCUGGCGCUGACCAGCCCAAUCCCGUGGGUGGAGGGGGAUCAAGUGACAGUCGUCGGCGGAAAGAAGCACGGCGAUGUGGUGCCGAGCCACAAGACUGCCAAUGGCAGUGUGAUUCUGUCUGUGAGCGAAGAGGUGGUCAACGCUGAUGACUAUGCCUGGGUGUUCAAGAUCGCAUACUGA